UCCCGAGCAGGAGGUGGGAGGAGGCAUUUGGGAGCCGGCGGGUGUCGAGAGCGGAAGACGAUGAGCCGUGAGAGGAGAAUGAGCCGUAGCCAGCAAGUUGGAGAGAGGAUCGCGGGCGAGAAGGGGCCGCGUAGGAAGUUUCGAACAAAAAAUCGCACAUUAAUAUAUCACCACACUUGAAAAAAAGAAAAAAAUUCCCCAUAGAGAACCGUGAGUUUGCUUAAUGACUGCAAUAUUCAAAUGGCAACCUCUGCAAAAAGGUCAUAAAAUGCUGACCUGCUUUACAACCGUCAUGACUUACAAGCAAAAUUGCAAACUCAAUUAUGGAUAAGCAGUGUGGCUAUUUCUGAACCAUGAUGGCAGAAUCCCUGCCCUUUUCACUGGGCACACCAGUGCCCACGUGGGAAUUGGAAGCCUGGUACGAGGACUUGCAGGAAGUGCUGUCCUCGGAUGUAUCCAACAGGACAGACCCCUCGGGGGGCGGACAGGAGCAGAGGGAAUUUGAUGGCUUUGAUGGUGCUGCUCUGUUGUGGAACUUGGAGACUUCCAAUUCCUUGGAGCUUGAUGGGGAUAUAGUGGCAGGAAACUACGAGUUGGAGCCUGAUCUUGCAGCAGAACUUUUGGAGCAACUGGGCAAGGAGCCCCCAGGGCCAGCUGAAUCCGAUUCUAGCCAUGGUUCUCCUACACAGACAGGCACGGAUGACGAUGAAGGGAUGUCUACUGGCCGGAAGAGGCGGCAGAGUGGCCAGCCUCACGGGGGCAAGAGACGGCGCGGCAGAGAGCGGGAGCAGCAGAAUGAGCGCAGAGUGGCUGAGCUCACAGCACACAAUGAGCACCUCCAGCAAGAAAUACAGCGCUUGAGCGCUGAGGUGGAAGCUACACGGGCAGCGCUCAUCCAGCGGAUGGUGAGCCUAAAGACAUGAUGGGUUCCGGGAACACUUUCUGCACUGAAAUUAUUUCUCCUUCCUAUGGACCAAAGUGUGCAGGGCUUCAUCCUUUCCGGAUUGCGUGACUGUGCCACACGCCAAAAGGAGGGCCACUUGUUGACACCUUAAAACACAUCGGUGCCCUGCGACACUUUGAACUUGAAAAACUUGUUCCUACUCUGGACUUCCCUUACAGAACUGCACUAUGUGUGGCCCAGUUAUUUUAGGCAAAGAGGAGAUCCCUGACUUUCCUAGAGACUGACUGUGGCAGUUGUGCAACUGACUUGUUCUUAAUAGUUAUUGUUCUUGUCCUUGUGAGGAGAUGCAGGGAGGGAUGUCCGCGUGUAUCGUUCCGUCUAACAGUGCUUUUGUACUUGUAUAAAGAACAAUAAAGUAUUUAUUUUGUCCGGUGUAAUCCAACAAUUUGAAGAUUCUGGAACUGUUUGUGGUAGUGACAAAAAGACUGAAAAAA